AUGUCUGUGUCCUCAUAUCCUCCCAGGACGCCCACGGGCCAGUCGUCAAUUGGUAUGACUCCUGUGGUUCGUACUUCACUGAGGGACGUUGAAAACCAUGUCCAGGUGGUGUGCCGACUUCGGCCCUUUGACGACCACGAAACCCAGCGGUAUGGCUCCAGCACUCCGCUUGAGGUCAUUGACAACCACACUUUGUGUGUGAACCACAAGGAGGCUCUGAAUGUCUUUACGUUUGAUAAAGUCUGCGAUGCAGCCACCACACAAGAGGAGUUCUACCAGUUGGUCGCCUCCAAAACGGUAGACGAUAUUUUGAAAGGUUUUAACGGUACCAUCUUUGCAUACGGCCAGACAGGCGCUGGCAAGUCAUAUACGAUGUUUGGCAGACCAGGUCUUCCUGGCAUCAUACCUCGCAUAAGUCAUAACCUCUUUUCCCAGAUCAAUAAAGCCCCAGCAGAAAUAGAGCAUACAGUUGAAGUAUCAUGCAUGGAAAUUUAUAUGGAGCAGAUAAGAGAUUUGUUUAAUCCUGAAGCAUCUGAGUUCUCCGUUCACGAGGAUAAAGAUAACGGAGUCUACGUUAAGGGUCUCUCGCACGCCUUUGUAUCCACAGAGAAAGAACUCGAGGAUAUGGUAAGCUUUGGUACUUAUAAUAGGACGACGUCCCCCACUCACAUGAACUCCGAUCUGUCCCGUUCGCAUGUUAUUGUGAGGAUAGUCCUUUCACAGAAAUCUGCAGAUGGAGAACUAACUAAGUCAAAUUUGUUUCUUGUUGAUUUGGCAGGUUCUGAAAAGGUUGACCGAACAGGAACAACGGGUCAGGGACUAGAAGAAGCUAAGAAGAUAAAUCUUUCCCUUUCGUCUCUUGGCCAAGUGAUCAAUUCCCUCGCAGACCAUACUGCCACUCACAUUCCCUAUCGUGACUCCAAGUUGACUCGUAUUCUUCAAGAGUCUCUUGGAGGAAAUUCAAGAACUACGCUUAUUAUUAAUGUUUCUCCUACGUUGGCAAGUGUGAACGAGACAAUAUCAACACUUCGAUUUGGCUCGCGUGCAAAGAAGAUAAAGAACACGGCGCACGUUAAUACGGAGCCAUCAGUAGAUUGGCUCAAGGCACGGGUAAAGAUGCUCGAACAAAUGAAUCGAAGUUUAGAGCUGCAGCUUAUCAGUAAGAAGAGUACACCCGCUAUGAGCCCGAAUGUUAGUCUUCUUAGUCCACGAGGCAGCACUACAAUUUCAAUGGCAUCAGAUCGACCAAGCACACUAACAGAUGAUCUUCAAAGAAAGAACAAAAAGAUAGAGAGCUUAGAGAAGCAACUUUUGGAUAUGAAAAUGAGCCAGGUGAAGCAACAACAUGAGGAAGACCUGAAACUUUUCAAAUUAGAAAAUGCGCUUCAUACACUAAACGACAAACUUAGUGACGUGGAGCUUAUCAAUGAAAAUCUUCGCAAGCAUCUCCUUAUAAGCGAAAAGAUUAUAGAGUCUCGAGAUGUGAAGAUUGAUAAACUACGGCUGCUUCUCGGUGAACAGCAGGCGCACGUUCAACUGGAAAGCCAACAUUUCGACAGUAAGCUCAGGAAGCUUCAAGAAAAGCUCGAGGUUCAAAAGCUUCUGGAAGGGCGUGUCAAUGAUGAAACAGGCUGUGAUGUGUUAGAGAGCUUGAACUCCGAAGCGGCCAUCAACUCUACAGCUAUCCACCACGACAAUCUUUCAUCCCCCAAAGAAAGGGGCCCCAACGAGCAGGACUCACCCAGAUCGCUGAAAUUUGGACUUAAUCUAAGAAUCGUGAAGCCAGUGCUAACAGCAGUGUUGCGAGUCAAGAAAGAACAUGACAGGGUUAAAGUAACUCACAAGGGUACAUUUGGCAUAGGUGGCCGCUUAUACUAUGUCCAGAAGAUACACGUGUUUCCAAUUUUGAAUAAGCAGUUUAUUGGUGUUGCCAGGAACUCCGGUUUGGUUCAGUUGUACGAGAAAAUGAUGAAACCGUCGGGGUCUCUGGGAUCCGGUGCUUGUACGUAUAAGCUUGUCAAGGAAUGGAAGAAUUCUACAACGGGGCCUACCGACUCGAUUAUUGGAAUAGGCGCUUUCAGAAAUCAGUAUAUGUACACGUGUUCUGGAGAAGGAAAGUUGGUUAUCCGGGAUUUGAUUAAUGAUGACGCUGACGAUUCGGUGAAGCUGUUCGUUAUAGAUGGGCCUUUAUCAUGCAUCAGUGUGGAAGCGGUACCUCAAUCAACACACAUUCUUGUGGCCGCUGGUGGUAAAGAGAACAGCUUGAAGUUGUAUGAUUUUGAUUUUUCUACGAGCGAUUUCGCUUCAACUCUUGCCGAGUAUGCUAGUUUAGGUGGACACUUGGCGCAGAUUGGUCUUGUACCAACGACACCGGAUGGUCCUUCUCUUAUUAGGAGAAGUUUGCAGAUACGGAAUUCAUUUGUUGAUGUUCGGAGACUAAUUCCGGUCUUGGAUUCAUCAGUGAGUAAGGUUGAUUGGGAUAACGGGGAGCGAAACCCCUAUUGGGUGCUGAGUGUUUGUUUCUGGAAACAGGGCUCUACUCGCAAAGUCUUUGUAGGCACCCAAUUUGGCGAGUUGUUUGUCUAUGAUGUGACGAAGCCUUAUCACUUUGAGCUCAAGCCGGAGAAAGUUUUACGUUUGUCUCACUUUGGUAUCAACUUACUUCAGGUUUUCAAUUGCGGGCAAUACCUCAUCUACACCGACUCAAUGUCCAAGGCUGGUAUUAUCGAUACUGAAACCUUUAAUGUUGUCAACUUUUACGAUUAUCUUCGCAUAGGACCUACCUUGUCUUCCCAUGUCUACACAUCCAACGAUAACGCGUCAAAGGUACCUCAGCUGAGCCAGUUAUCCAGAUUUUUACCAAUUUAUUUGGUAGCAACUACCAUCGAUGGGUCUGUCAUAAUCUACAAGCUUUGUGAUAGUAACGAGAAGAAACUUUGCUUCCGCUCGAACCAUACUGGAAUUAUACCCAAUUUCGAUUUCCUAGAAUCCGAUCCCUAUACAAGAUUAGACAAGGUUCAAGCCUGCGACAAGCAGACAUCCCCUCGUCUAAACGACGCAAAGCAAACGAUGCCCCGAAUGAUGCAAACUUUAUGA